CAGCCACGUUUCCACGGCACCCCUGAGGGACUAGAAGACAGCAAAGUUGUCUAACUGCUUCGGGAGAGGAACGUACUGGCGCUCCAACUCAAGGAACCCAAGAGACGGGGCCAAAGGAAGAGUCGUGUCGUGCGGUGCGGGGUUUACAAAGCUGCUUCAGCACACAACAGAGGGCAAUGUUCUCAUCUAAUAUACAGUUUUCAGCAUGCUGAUGCAGUCGGUCUAAAGGAGAAGUCGUAUUGAUGGGCGCGCAAAGAGAACCCCUGGUCAUCGAACCCGAGGUCCAGUCGCGGUAGUUCCAUAUGCACGCGAGCACGACCGAGCUCCACAUUGGAUAGUUUUAUGGCUGCGCUUGGAGUGAUUACGAGCGAGCUCUGACAGACAUGUGCCGUCAGGAGCAGCAAUAAUACCCCGCAUCGCACAGGAAACGGCUCCGGCGCUCUGCCCGUCUGCAAUAACGGGGCUGAUAAAAGCAAUAAACUGAACUGUAAAUAAGUGAAUCAAUGCGCAAUGGACGACAAGACGAAAAACUUCAGGAGACGCAGCGCUGGUGAGACUCAUUCAAUGUCAUGAUAAUAUUUUAAUUCGCUGGGACCAGAGAUGACCAUCUCGGCUUUUCCUCAAUAAUUUUACUUUUAAUGGUCACCACAGCACAAUGGAUCAUGACCAAGAGCGCACGGCACGGUGACGGACACUUAUUCACUGUGAUCAGUUUUCUGUCAGUUGCUUUCGUCGCCAAAGCAAAUGCAUAUGUUGGACUGCACAGAAUUGAGAUUCUCAUGUUCAGCUGCAUUACUUAGUUGGGGACAAAGACAAUUAUGGACAGAAGGUUUAUUAUUUCUUUCAAUUCUACAAAACACAGCCAUAUCUCACCCUUUGACUACACUUGCAGCUUUAGUUAAAGGGGAUAUAUUUUGUUGAUUUGCACUAUGAUGGAACCACCACAUUGCUCGAAGAAGAGCUUGUCUCUGUCAUUACCAGUACCUCGAGAGGGGCAAGCCACCCUCAAACCCCCGCAGCAUCUCUGGAGGCAGCCGCGGACCCCCAUCAAGAUUAAACACCGUGGAUACUCAGACACUGACCGGCAUCACCACCGGCAAAUCGAGCGCUCAAAUGCGAUGGACACGAGCGACCGACCAGGACUCAAGAAGUCUCGAAUGUCCUGGCCCUCCUCUUUCCACGGAACCACAAGUGCAUCACCAUCCAUCGGGAACUGCGUGGGAAAUAAACGUUUCGAUGGAGAGAAUGGGCCUUCCCCGGGCCGCAGUCCCAUGGAUUCGCAGGCGAGUCCGGGCCUGGUGCUGCACCCGUCCUUUCCGCAGAGCCAGCGGCGGGAGUCCUUCCUCUACCGCUCCGACUCCGACUACGAGGUCUCCCCCAAGACCAUGUCCCGCAACUCCUCCAUCAACAGCGAGUGCCACGCCGAGGACCUCAUAGUUACCCCUUUUGCUCAGGUGUUGGCCAGCCUGCGAACUGUAAGAAGCAACUUCACCAUUCUCGCCAAUGUCACCUCACCUACUACUAACAAGAGGUCGCCAGUGGCAAGCCAACCAUCCACCGUUCCCAAGGCAACCCUCUCCGAUGAGACGUACCAGCAGCUGGCCAGGGAGACCCUGGAGGAGCUGGACUGGUGCUUGGACCAGCUGGAGACCAUACAGACGCACCGCUCCGUCAGCGACAUGGCCUCUAACAAGUUUAAGCGGAUGCUGAACAGGGAGCUGUCUCACUUGUCGGAGAUGAGUCGCUCUGGGAACCAGGUGUCUGAAUACAUCUCCACCACUUUCCUCGAUAAGCAGAAUGAUGUGGAGAUUCCGUCCCCCACGCUGCCAGACGCGGAGAAGCCCAUGUGUCGCAUCAGCGGCGUGAAGAAGCUGACCCACAGCUCCAGCCUCACCAUCUCCUCGCUGCCUCGCUUCGGAGUCAAGACCGAGCACGAGGAGUCCUUGGCCAGGGAGCUGGAUGACUUGAACAAGUGGGGCCUUAACAUCUUCCAUGUGGCCGAGUACUCUAACAACAGGCCUCUCAGCUGCAUCAUGUAUGCCAUAUUCCAGGAGCGAGAUUUGUUCAAGACAUUCCAGAUUCCCAUGGACACGUUUGUGACAUACGUGAUGACGCUGGAGGACCAUUACCAUGCCAACGUGGCCUACCACAACAGUCUGCAUGCCGCCGAUGUCACCCAGUCUACACAUGUGCUGCUGUCCACUCCAGCCCUUGAUGCUGUCUUCACUGACCUUGAGAUCCUGGCUGCAUUGUUCGCUGCCGCCAUUCAUGACGUGGACCAUCCUGGAGUCUCCAACCAGUUCCUCAUCAAUACAAACUCAGAGCUGGCGCUGAUGUACAACGACGAGUCUGUUCUGGAGAACCAUCACCUGGCCGUGGGCUUCAAGCUGCUGCACGAGGAGAACUGCGACAUAUUCCAGAGCCUCAGUAAGAGGCAGCGGCAGAGCCUUCGCAAACUCGUCAUUGACAUGGUAUUGGCCACCGACAUGUCCAAACACAUGAGCCUGUUGGCUGACCUGAAGACGAUGGUGGAGACCAAGAAAGUCACGAGCUCUGGAGUUCUGAUGCUGGACCACUACACAGAUCGUAUCCAGGUGCUGAGGAACAUGGUGCACUGCGCGGACCUGAGCAACCCCACCAAGCCUCUGGAGGUGUACCGGCAGUGGACGGAGCGCAUCAUGGAGGAGUUCUUCAGGCAGGGGGACAAGGAGCGGGAGAGAGGCAUGGAGAUCAGCCCCAUGUGUGACAAACACACCGCCUCCGUGGAGAAGAGCCAGGUGGGCUUCAUCGACUACAUCGUGCACCCGCUGUGGGAGACCUGGGGUGACCUGGUGCACCCGGACGCCCAGGACAUGCUGGACACGCUGGAGGACAACCGCGACUGGUACCAGAGCACCAUCCCCCAGAGCCCCUCCCCCACGCCGCCCGACGAGGACGACCGGCAGCUAGUGGAGGGCUGCACCGAGAAGUUCCAGUUCGAGUUCCAGCUGGAGGAGGCCAGCGAUCGCGGAGAGGAGGAAGGAGGCGAGGAUUCCGAGGAGGAGGAUGAGGAGGUGGAGCGUGGUGGUGGUGGGGGUGGUGGUGGUGGUGGUCAGGGAGACAAGCCCAGCCAGAACCACCUAGAUCACAAAGAGGAGGUGAAGGAGGCGGAGGAGAAACGGGAUGAAGAAGAGGAGAAGAAAAGCAAGGGGUCAAAGAGCGAGGGGGAGGGGAAGGAGGAGGAGGAGGAGGCCAAGGAGGGGGAGAAGAUGGAUGAAGGGGAGGAGGAGGAGGAGGAAGAGGCACGGGGUCAGGAGGAGGAAGAGGGGAGACCUGGCAAACAUGGGCGCAGGAGGCUGCAGCUCCAGUCCGUGGUGGUGGAGGAGGACGAGGGACUGUCCGAAGGAGGGAGCCCAGUAGGGCAGCCCGAGGAGGACGCAGGAGGAGGAGGUGGGGGCACUGCGGAGGAGGAGGAGGACACGUCAUCGUCCUCGCCCGGAGGAGACAACACAUGAGUUCCGCCCAAUCCCCAUGCUCCGGAACUACUAGCCGGGGAUUAUGGGGGAUCGGAACUGCGGUAUGCCAUGGGAAUAUUCUUGUUAAAGUACCUUCCUCCUCCAUAUUCCUCCCCCCGAACCUGUUUCGUUCCUGAGGCACCUCCUGGCUAUCGAUGUGAUGUGCCAAGCCAGAGACUAUUAGGACUUCUUCUAAUCUUAUAACAACAACUCAGUAAGGCAUUCAAUGUUACUUUUUCAAAAAGGGAAUACAAACAAUACAGCUGGAGGAGCGCGAGUCAGUAAUAACACAGCCACUGUAGAACUGCAGGGGAGUCGGAGAACUUAAGUACUGUACUGUAGUGUUGCCAAUAAAUGGGGUUCGAGAGACAGUGAAGACAGAGAGAGAGAAGGCGAGAUGUAUGGGGGAGAUUUUGGGAGACAGUGUAGCAUGCUAAAGCUAUAAAACACACGUUAACACACACACAUACACAAAGCGCGCACACACAUACACACACACACACAUACACAAAGCG